GCAUGGAGUGGAAAGGAAGGUUGCUGGUCCAGUUGUUGCUCAUAGUUUGUGUGUUGGAGGUCAGUCUUUGCCAGCAUUGGUCAUAUGGUUGGCUUCCCGGUGGGAAAAGAAGCGUUGGUGAAAUGGAGGCAACAUUCAGGAUGAUGGAUCCUGGCGACACAGUGCUGUCUAUUCCUGAUGACUCUCCAAUGGAGCAGCUUUCACCAAUACACAUAGUGAAUGAGGUGGACGCUGAAGGUUUGCCUCUGAAAGGACAGAGAUUUCCCAACAGACGGGGAAGAGUGUAAAAAUAUAAAUGAUGAAGCUGAUGAGAAUAAAAAUGACUUUUAUUCCAUGGGAGAGCAUGUUU